AUGAAUGAAUGCUCCAGACUUCAUAACCACUUAUAUGUACUGGAUGCAAAACGUAGUCGUUAUAGAUACAAUCACCCACCAUCGAUAGAAUCUACUGAUACUGUACCCGUGACAGUGGUCUACGAUAGUGGAGAUGCACGCGAAAGCAAAACGCUUAAACUUCCUGAUGAACCCCUAAAAACUGACGCAAUAGAGGUCUCGAUUACUAAAAAGGAAAAUAUUAAGGAAACUCAGGACCCCGCACAAGAACCGAAAAGUGAAGUUGUUACACCCACACAGCGAGGGGUAAAGAAGAACGCAGAACGAAAACCAUUAGUUUCGAGAGUGAAUAGUAAGAAAAAUUUGCAAAUCCCGGUUAAUGUCGUCUACGAAACAGAUGCUAAUGGGCAGCGUUCUCAACAGGAAAGUGAAGAAAAGUCUAACAAUAUCAUUCAAAGGCGAAAGCAAAUUAGAAGACGCCUGCAAAAGCUGGAAGCAGAUGAAAAUAACCAAAAAACAGAGCAAUCUAAUGGCAAUACACUAAAAUUAAAUGAAGAAAACAAGACUACUACGGUUUCUUCUAUUUCAACAUCUACAGCGGAAAUAGCACCGGCUACAACAACCAAAUAUCAACCCCAAGUAACCACCGAGAGAAGUCAUAAAAGGACACGAACGCGAGGACCGACGAUACCCAUAGUAACGGAAGAAAACUUCGUGUAUUCGCACAGUGGUAACUUUCAUUAUAGGUUCGAAGGCGGUGACGGCACGAAAGUAUUUGAGGAAGGCAAAUUAAAGACCAUAAAUAAUGAAACUGGUGAGGUUGUACAAGGAGGUUUUUCUUAUACCGACAAAGAGGGUAAAGACUACAGUAUAUCAUACACUGCAGAUGAAAAUGGUUAUAGACCAACCGGUGCACAUCUCCCCACGCCUCCUCCUAUACCACCAGAGAUAGCACGUGCCUUGGCCUAUCUUGCAACUAAGACUACACCUCAACCGGUUACAGAACCCAUAAGGAAUUUCGAC